AUGCGAUCACUACAAUCAUUAAAAGAAGAAUUACGUGUACUUGAACAAUGUUUUCCUAAACGAACAAAUGCACCAUUCUCAAUAGUAAGUUCAAGUGUCGAUGAUAUAACAAGUAUUUAUCGUGAUCCUAUUAAUCAACGAUCAAUAUCGAUUUGUUGUAAAAUUCUUGAAGUACCAAACAAAUGUUUAUGGUACACAGAAAGUGAUAAUAAUGAUGAUGUACAAGAACAAUUAACAUCAAUAUUUGAUGAAUUAAAUUCUAAUUCAUCAAAUGAAACUCGUAGUGUUACAUUACAACUUGAAUUCAUAAUUGAACGUUUAAAUACAUUUUUUAAUACGUCGAAUUUAUCAUUACCAAGUCAUUUAUUAGCAAAUUCAAUAAAUCAUUUAGAACCUGAAGAUUCAGGUGUUGAUCAAGAAGAAGAAGAUGAUGAUGAUGAAACCGAACAACAACAUAAUACUCUACAAGAGCAAUGUUCUCUUGAUGAAGAUGAUAAAAUUCAACAAACAGGACAAUUAACUAAAGAUAUUGAUGGAAUAUCAUUAGAAAAUUGGCAAUUACUUGAACAAUUAAAAUAUAAAAGAAUCAAUGAAUCAGCACAAAAAAAUCAUGAAAAAAUCUAUGCUAAUAAAAAUAAUAAUCCAGUAGCAAAAAAAGAUACAGCUUCAUCAUCAUCAUCAUCAUUAUCAUCGGCAUCAUUUUCAUCAUCAUCAACAUCAUCUGUACAAGCAACUGAUCGUUUAAUGAAAGAAUUAAGAGAUAUAUUUCGUUCACAAUCAUAUAAAAAGGGAGAUUAUACUAUUGAUCUUGUAGAUGAAAGUCUUUAUGAAUGGAACGUUAAAUUAUAUCAUGUGGAUAAAGAUAGCAAAUUAUAUACAGAUCUCGAACAAAUGAAAGUAUCAGACAAAAAUUUUGAUAAACUGGAUCAUAUUUUAUUAAAUUUAUCAUUUAAUGACAAUUAUCCAUUUGCACCACCAUUUGUACGUGUAAUUAGACCUAUAAUUACUGGUGGUCAUGUAUAUUCAGGAGCAAUUUGUAUGGAGUUACUAACUCGGCAAGGUUGGUCAUCGGCGUAUAGUGUUGAAUCAUUACUCUUUCAAAUAGUAGCAACAUUGUGUAAAGCAGGUGCACGUAUUGAUUUAAGUUCGUUGAACGAAUCAUUUUCGCUUCAACGAGCACAACAAGCAUUUCGUCAUAUAUCGACUGUACAUGAGAAAAGUGGAUGGUAUACAGCACCGAAAGCCGAUGGAUAA